UCUCGUGCCCACUGCUGCAACAGAACAAUCGAGCUAGCUCAGCAGAUCUCUUAGUCUCUUAUCUAGCUAGCUCAACAGAACAAUGGCGGCGAAGCUGUGCACAUUACUGCUGGCUGCAGUGGUCGUGCUCUCACUUCUAGUGAGCCCCAUUGCUUGCAGCCGCAAGCUCAGCAAGACCAAGCCCAAGACAAAGCCUGCAGCCAGAGUCAUCCACAAGCCAGCGGCCGCGCCUGCUGUCAAAGCCAGCCACAAGCCGGCAACUCCUGCCAAGUCCCACACCAACCACACCACUCUCUAUGGCUCCGGCGGCUGGCUGUCCGGCGCCGGCGCCACGUACUACGGCGCCCCUAACGGCGACGGCGGUGAAGGCGGCGCGUGCGGCUACCAGACCGCCGUCGGGAAGCAGCCGUUCGACUCGAUGAUCGCCGCGGGGAGCGCGCCGCUUUACAGGGGAGGCGAGGGCUGCGGCGCCUGCUACGAGGUGAAAUGCACGAGCAACGCGGCGUGCUCCGGCCAGCCGGUGACCAUCGUCAUCACGGACCUGUCCCCGGGCGGGCUGUUCCCGGGCGAGGUCGCGCACUUCGACAUGAGCGGCACGGCCAUGGGCGCCAUGGCGAAGCCCGGGCGCGGCAUGGCCGACAAGGUCCGCGCCGGCGGCGUCGUGAGGGUCCAGUACAGGAGGGUGCCGUGCAAGUACCCCGGCGUGAACGUCGCCUUCAAGGUGGACCAGGGCGCCAACCCGUUCUACUUCAACGUGCUCAUCGAGUUCGAGGACGACGACGGCGACCUCAGCGCCGUCGACCUGAUGGAGGCCGGCAGCAGCGUGUGGACGCCCAUGGCGCACAACUGGGGCGCAACGUGGCGCCUCAACAACGGCAGGAGGCUCAGAGCGCCGUUCGGGCUCCGGCUCACCUCCGACUCCGGCAGGGUGCUCGUCGCCAGCAACGCCAUCCCGGCCGCGUGGACGCCCGGCAAGACCUACCGUUCCUUGGUCAACUACCCCUGAUUUUGCUGCUGCCAAGCAAUGGAGCUAGCAGAGCAAGGCCGGAAAUGUGCGUCCGGGUUUCGUGGGAGGCCGUGUGUCAGAAGACGAGGAGGUUGAAGAAGGGAAUGGAGUUCUUCCCUCCCUCCACACGGCCUCGCUGCAUUCGCCUAGUGAUGUGUGAACGGCGGUGCUGUAAUUUUAUUUCUUCCUUGUUGGUCUCUGUUGUGCUGUUGUGGUUGUGGAAAGCAAAGAGAGAAACUAGAGCUGCGCGACUAAUGUUUGCGCGCCAAUGCAUCAAGUUGUGGUUUUGAAUUUGUGUACAUCGCAAUCCUUUCAGAAUUGAGGAAAAAAGAUUUAAGUGAAUGGUUUGCAUUCCGUA